GAUUGGUCCGCCUAGAGAACUUGGUCGGAAGGCCUGGACAGGGGGGCGGGUACUAGCGGAGAUGGCUGCCGCCGCGGUGAGUCGUGGGGUCGGGGCCAAGCUGGGUCUACGGGAGAUUCGCAUCCACUUAUGCCAGCGCUCUCCUGGCAGCCAAGGCGUCAGGGACUUCAUCGAGAAACGCUAUGUGGAGCUGAAGAAGGCGAACCCCGACCUGCCCAUCCUAAUCCGCGAGUGCUCUGAUGUGCAGCCGAAGCUCUGGGCCCGCUACGCAUUCGGCCAAGAGAAGAAUGUCUCUUUGAACAACUUCAGUGCUGAUCAGGUAACCAGAGCUGUAGAGAAUGUGCUAAGUGGCAAAGCCUGAAGCCUUCACUGAGGAUUCAGCCCCACAGCCUGGGUUCUGCUGGACUGAGUACAAUGUGGAAAAAUGUGUUCUCCUGUUCGUUAUAAAGCUUGUGCUGUAA